UAAUGGCUCGAGCUAUGGCUCAAACUGUGGCUUCAACAGCCAUGGCUCAAGCUGAAGCCACGGCUUUUGAGAGCCAAGCCAAGUCAUACAAGCCGUUAACAACUUUAGUAAAUACUUCAUGUGAUAUUAUUCAUCACAUAGUUCGUCCUAAAUAG